AUUGAAAUCCCCUGCAAACAAACAAAACAAAACAAAAAAACUUGAUUUAUGAAAACAGCACUGAAAAUCUUAUUGUUGUUGCCACAUUUUACUCAUUCAGUUGGUGUCGGUGUAUGCAAACUUGCUCCCACGAUCCACAAGUGGAAAGUUGGCAUACCUGAACCACACACGUACACGCACACAAGUAAUUUGGGUUAAACCGGCUCGGCAGGGAAUGUACUCUGACCGGUUCCGCGCUCCAUCUUCUGUCAGAUCACGACAGGUCAAAGAAACACCACAUAACUGUGUUUGCUGCUUCAAUGUAAAACAAACAAACAAAGAAAAACCGGGAAAUACCGCAGCCGGCAAAAAGAAAAUGCCUCGUACAGCAUACUCCCCAAAAAUGCCGUUUUGUUAGUCGAACUUGGCUGGAACACGUUUUGCUCCGACCAACCACUCAGAGGAAGGAAAAAUCCUGACAUUGUGGGACAGCCAGCUGAGCCUCUGAGGUUGAAUUUGAAAACUGGUCCAGUUGCUAGUUAAGGGGAAGUUGGUUUGAUGGUCAUCAUGUCCACCGCGGCCCCCGUGCACCUCAUCCGCAACAUUCCCCAACCGCCGACACCCGUCCUAGUGGCCAUAAAGGUGCUCUUGUGCAUCAUCCCAAUCGCCCAGAUCGCAAUGGGCGCGGUGCACCUGGACGACUGCCCCCGCCAGCACUACAUUCCCGUUUACCUGAUCGUGGUGGGCGUGGUCCUGAUGCUGCUGGUGCUGUUUACUUGCCUGCCCUGCGCCCGGGAGCCCAAAGAAGGCCCACCGAACCCUCUCUGCCGAGUCAGCCUGGGCUGCAACUCUCUGCUGGCGUUGUUCCUCAUCUCCUGGUUCAUUGCCGGUAAUGUGUGGAUCUACUCAAUUUACAAGCCCAACUACUACAAGAAUGUCACAGGCACUGAGCCCUACUGUGACAAAACGCUCUACCUGUUCGCCUUCUGGACCACGACGCUGGUCUACAUCGUGGUGGGUCUGUUCGUGGCCCUCGGCUUCCUAGUCCUGGUCUGCCUCUACAUGUGCGGCCAGGCGGACCCCGAUGACUACAUCUAGAAGCCCGAGGACCUUUCACCUGACCGCACUGCGGAUAAGGAGCGUACCGCCGAGACUGCUGGGUAAUGAGCUGAGCCGCUUAUUUGAUCUUUUCUGCAGAAUGAACACUUUGAUUUUAUUUUUUUUAAUCAUUCAAAUUUGGCAAGGUUGUGAACAACACUUUUCACUGUGGUGAGUCCACACAUUUACACAUCAUGUUCUUUCCCCGGUGUCGUGUUACUUGUUCGUUUACAAAGUCUCAGGUGUGAAUGGGGUGCAACGGUGUUCAGUUUGUGUCAUUUCUUGAAUAUUGUCCCUCGUUUAUUGCGGGGGUUACGUUCCAGAAAACCCCCGCAAUAAAUUCAUUCGACACAGUCGCAACCAAUUAUUUAUUAUAUUAUAUUAUAUUAUAUAAAUUCACUUGAGGUCACCAUCCACACACUGUGCACAAGUACAAGAAUUAGUACCGUUCCUCACACUGUCAAUGUAGUCAGCGAAAAUCAUUAUGGUUACCCAGAAUUCAUUGCGUUGAUGUUUUUGAAAUACAGAACCGUUGUUGGAGAAAAUCAAGCUAAACGUUGCUCUUUACUUGUGUUUGUUCCCGUGAAAUUGUUAUGAGCAUGUGCAUUAGCUAUUUGUUCGUAUUUGUGAAUUUAUUUCAUAAAACUCUGACUGUGGCUUGUGUUUUAAACAGUGGCUUUCCGGUCAUGUUCUUUAUAUCCUCAAGCAAUUUGGUGAUUUUGACCAAAUGUAUGAGUUGAGAUGACUUUGUAAGGUUUAUUUUUCUGCAAAGACAACUAGCCCAAUUGACAUUAUGUGCGUCAUUCCCGCCACGUUAAAAUCAUAUUGUCAAUCAAGCCAACUGUCACAGAGAUGUGCAGGUAAGUAAAUGCACUACACUGAGCUGUUUAAAAAAAUAUAUGCGAUGCGCUAAAUCCGCAAUAAGUGACGUGUGAGAUACUGAGGGAUUACUGUAAUAAAAUAUUUACCCAAAAAUGAA